GUUAAUUGCAGUGAUAGAGGUAAACAAGCAAGCUCUACGACUCUCUCCGACCACAAAGUGCGAGCAUUACCCAGCACGGAAAGUCUGAACACGUUAGAAAGUGACAAUGUUGCUCCAACAUCGAGGUGUCAUUGCAUUUGGUCUUCGCAUGUGCUCUACGCAUGCGACGGGAGGACCUUUGAUGGAGGCAGCAAGACCUAGCUCUGACAUGUCUGAGUUCCGCAAGGUGUUUUCCAAAGCCAGGCAUAUAGCAAUCAUCACAGGAGCAGGUGUGAGUGCAGAAAGUGGAGUACCAACCUUCAGGGGAGAAAAUGAGAAAUGGAGGAAGUGGCAGUCACAGGACCUGGCUACUCCAGAGGCCUUCUCUCGCAACCCAUCACGAGUCUGGGAGUUCUACCAUUACAGAAGGGAGCUUGCGUUGAGCAAAAAGCCCAGUGCUGUUCAUCUGGCUAUAGCAGAGUGUGAGGCCCGGCUGAGGAAACAGGGACGCUCUGUGGUAGUCAUCACGCAGUGCAUUGACGACCUGCACCGACACGCGGGGUCCAAACAUGUGCUAAAGAUUCAUGGCAGUCUGAUGGAGACACGCUGUGUGAGUUGUAGACAUGUGACCGUGAACAAGCAAAGCCCCAUAUGUGCUGCCCUUAAGGACAAAGGAGCACCUGGACCAGAUGUUGCUGAUGCCCAGAUUCCUGUGGAUAAACUGCCAAGGUGUGACGACAAUGACUGCCAUGGUCUGCUGAGGCCUAAUGUUGUGUUUUUCGGGGAGACUCUGGACUCUCAUACCCUGACCAAAGUGGAAAAAGAACUGGAAAUCUGUGAUCUCUGUCUGGUGGUGGGCACGUCUUCAAUCGUUUACCCAGCAGCCAUGUUUGGCCCACGGGUUGCAUCCAGAGGCAUCCCAGUGGCGGAAUUUAAUACGCACACAACACCAAAAACUGAGUACUUCACGUACCAUUUCCAGGGUCCAUGUGGAACUACACUGCCUCCUGCCUUGACACGACAUGAGUCAGAGGUUAUUUAAGCCCAGUGGGACUGAUUUAACAGACAACCAUCAGUGGCCUCUUCUACAGUCUAAAGCAAGCCAAAGCUGUAAUAUUUCAUGGCAUUUUUG